UCAAACGGUCGCCCCCCACAUUUGCUUUGAAUACUGCGAUCCCAGAGGACCAAAUACCCACACAACUCUGAACCUCUCUGCAACUCCUCCUUCACCAAUGCGUUCCCCAAACCUCCAAAGACCUCACCUUUAAUGGCCGCGGCCACCGCCUUCCGCCACCUCUCUCUCCUUCCCAAGCUCCCAACUUUCCCACUCCCCACCACUUCCUUAACAAAACCCAGGACCUUGAAGCUGAAGAUCACCUUUUGCCUCACCGUAAAGCAAUCAAAUGACCAGGGUCUCGCAACCCAAAAGGCCGCCGUCGACAACCUCCGCGUUGUCUUCGCCGCAGGCGGCACCGCGGGCCACAUAUACCCGGCCGUCGCCAUAGCCGAUGAGCUCCAACUCACAAAUCCCUCCACCAAAAUCCUAUUUUUAGGCGCACCCAACAGCAUGGAAAGCACCGCAGUACCCUCCGCCUGCUACGACUUCGACACCGUGCCUACCGCCAUAUUGCACCGCCCAAUAUUCUCCCCCCAGAACCUCCUCCUCCCCUAUAAUUUGAUCAGGUCCGUCGUCCACAGCUACUCAAAGUUGCGCGAAUUCGACCCCCAUAUCGUCAUCAGCACCGGCGGGUACGUCUCUUUCUCUACAGGCUUGGCGGCGAAGCUGAUUGGCGCCAAGCUUGUGAUCCAAGAACAGAACCGCGUUCCGGGAAUCGCCAAUUGGGUUCUCUCAUUUUUUGCAGAUAUUGUGUUUGUAGUUUUCAAUUGCACCAUUGAUAGCUUCCCUACUGGUAGGACUAAGUGUGUGGUUUGUGGGAAUCCGGUGAGACUGUCUUUGAAGAAGCAAGUGCCUAAAGCCGCGGCCAGGGGGCGGUUUUUCCCCAAGGGCGGCGGAGUUGAGGAGUUGGAGAAGGCUAGGGUUCUUUUGGUUCUUGGCGGGUCUUUGGGGGCAAAUGCUAUUAACAUUGCUCUGCUGAAUUUGUAUUAUCAGAUGCUGCUGGAGAAUGAGGACUUGUUUAUCAUAUGGCAAACAGGAGUGGAGGCUUACAAUGAGAUGGAGAGCCUUGUGAAGAAUCAUCGCCGUUUGCUUUUGACUCCGUUCCUGCAUUCGAUGGAAUUGGCAUAUGCAGCGGCAGACCUUAUUGUUUCUAGAGCUGGUGCAAUGACUUGCUAUGAGAUUUUGGUAACUGGGAAGCCUUCCAUUCUGAUACCAUCACCGAAUGUUGCAGAAGGUCAUCAAUUCAAAAAUGCUUCUUUAAUGGCAGACUUAGCUGGUACAAGGGUUAUAACAGAAGAUGAACUUGAUUCAACGACUCUUGGAAGUACAAUUGAGGAGAUAUUAGGGGAUGAGAGUAAAAUGGCAGAGUUGUCUAAGAGGGCUCUGAAAGCUGCAAACUCGAAUGCAUCUGUAGAGAUUGUACAGCAUGUUCUUUCUCUAGUCAACUUGUCAACAACAAAGGAGAAGUAGGUAAGAACUUGCAAGCUGGUUCCUCCGUUUCAAAUUAUUACAGUCGACGAAAAAUGAGUUAGUUUGUUAUAUACGCGGAAGCUUUGAUUGUUUCGUAUAUAGAACUCGAGGCCGUUAAAUUGUCGACGAAUGCAGUAAGUAGGCUAAGUUCCUAGCGUUUGUUUUCACCUUCAGCUUUAGCUUUACCUAAAUGAUUUGCCAAGUUGUUCCUUACAUUGUUAGGCACUCCAUUUUCAGUGCCAAGUUGUUCCUUACAUUGUUAGGCACUCCAUUUUCAUGUCUGAUUAGAAAAAGAGUAAUCUAGCGGAGUGCCUUCUCUCUCCAUAAUUUUAAUAAAGCAAAUUUUGUAUUUGUAAUCAUUUUUCAUUUUAAUAAACCCUUAUUUUUUUUUCCUA